AUCAUUCUGCCAAAUUUAUAGCAGUGCAUGAUGAUUGAUGUUAUUAUAAAAGCAGUGUCAUACGCAUCCUUUUCCCUUGAUUUGUAUAGAGCCCUCAUGAUACUCUCUUGUCUUUUGCUUUUUCCAUCCACUGAAAAUGCUCUUUGCCUCUCCCCCGGCCCUUCCCCCUCUUCUCCCCCACUCAUCACUUUCAAUAGCUUUCUUACCUAAUUCUGUCACUGUGCUUUGCAGCCCCCCCCUCUCUCUCUCAGUCUCUCUGUCCUGCGUUUCUAGGGUUUCUAGUUUUCUUUGAACUAAUUUCACAGAUACUCAUAUAUAUAUAUAUAUGUAUGUAACAGUGACAGCCAUUAAUAAUUGUCUCUGCAACUUCAAUUUCUUGGGAGAGUGUUUCAGAGGAGAGAUCUUGUAACAGUACGCUGCGCAAUUCAAGAUAGUAUGCAUGGCUUCGUCUAGUAGUUACUCAUUAUCCUGCAAUUCUCCAUGUGCUGCGUGCAAGUUCUUGAGGAGAAAAUGCAUGCCGGAUUGUGUAUUUGCUCCCUACUUCCCACCGGAGGAGCCGCACAAAUUUGCCAAUGUUCACAAGAUAUUUGGGGCCAGCAAUGUUAGUAAGCUUCUCAAUGAAGUGCUCCCUCAUCAGAGAGAAGAUGCAGUGAACUCUCUUGCCUAUGAAGCCGAGGCAAGAAUUAAAGAUCCGGUGUACGGAUGCGUUGGAGCCAUCUCAGUCCUCCAAAGGCAAGUCCUUCGCCUUCAGAAGGAACUCGACGCCACUAAUGCCGAUCUCCUCCGUUAUGCCGGCGCUAGCUGCAACCGUGGAACCGGAAGAGGGUCUCAUCAUGGUCAAAAUUCGGGUUUGUAUAGCUUCUCUUCUCCAUGGAGUAGUACUCAUGACCCUUACGGAAAUUAACCAGAGAUCAUGAGGACAAGGAAACUUGUAAUCGAUCAGUCAUAUAUAUGUUAUGUAAGUGUCCAUGAUUAUGAGGAGAACUAGACUUGUAUUAUUUAGGGUUACAUUGGUUAACAUAUGCAGGGUUUCUCCUGGCUUCCUAGCAAGGAACCUAGCCUGUAUAAACUCUUCUGUAUGUCUAUUUAUUGUCCGGACUGGGAGAAGAUAGUGAAGGUCAGGAUUAAUUAAUUAAGGUGUUCCUGUCCUUGGCUAAACCAGGAAAUAUUUAUUGGUUUGUUCA